AUGGUCUUUUUUUUUUGGGUUUUCUCUCUGUUACAAACUUUCUUUUGCAAAUUCAGCACAUACAAUUAUCUUUUGUCAUCGUCUAAUUACCUACAGUUAACAUUCCCUGAAAAACGUAAAUCAUUUGUUGACAUGACGAUACAAGCCCUACCACUGACUGCCCUUGUUGAAUAUAAAAACAACACACAAGAAUCAUGGAACAAAAAUAGAAAAUCAAAUACAAAAUCAAAUACAAAAUCAAAUACAAAAUCAAAUUCCCCAGUAAAACCAGCAGCAAACUUGGUCCUACCACCGCUCCCACCACUUCCUCCUUCGACUCCACCCAGUAAAAUAACUACUAACAACUCUACGCAACCCACGAUGAGUCGAGCUUCUUUGACCCGUUUGGAGGUUGAAUCAGGCUCAAGCAAAUCAUUGCCAAUUUCAUUUCCUUACUACUUUUUGGACCAAGGUGACCCAGAAGAUACUUUUAAUUUAUGGCAAAGACAAGAAGAUUCGUUAACUAAUAUUAGUAAUAGAAAAGACGAGCAUUUACCUUCACAAUCACCCACUCCUCAAGUUGACACAGAAAGAAUCGACAGCACCAAGAAAUUGAACAACGACGAAGUUUUCAACCCAGUACCAAAAAGAUUUUCUCAAUUUAUCAUCGAUCAACAAAAUCCAUACGUUAGUCAGAGAUUGGAUAAUUUGUCAACUAUUUCACCAUCAAUGCAAAGCGAAAGAUAUAUAAUGAGAAGCUUGACUCCGUUAACAGGAACAAAUAAAAAACGUGCUGGGCUGCUGGUGAUGAAUCCCGAACAACAGGAGAAUAAUAGCAAGAGAACCUCGGACGAGUUGAUACCACCUCGAAGAGAGAUAUCCGAUUCUAUGGGUUCUCAAGCAACAAUAUUUUCCACGAGACAGGAAUUACACAAUGUUCCCUUGGUCAAUAGAAAUGUGAAAAAGAGCAACACUAUAUUCCGAAGAAGAAACAAUAAGUCGAAACGUACUAGUAAUGUCAGAGUUCAGACAUCAUCAAGCGAUGCCUCAGUUCUUACAAGAAAGAAUGCCAUCAGAUCAAAACAGGGGAGUUGGUUAUAUAGACUUAAAGUACGUCUUCAAAGAAUGGUUGCUAAAUUUAAGUUUUAUAGUUUUAAAGUAUCCUCAAGAAGAUCAGCUAGCAUCAGACGGUCAAAGUCGACAAAAUUGGUCCGCAAACAUCGAGAGAAUCCCCAGAACAGAGAUAUGAAAAGAAUUCAAAGCAUACGUGUAUCGUCUUCACGUUUCAAUCAUAUUUCAAGCCCGUUAACUAACCCACAUUUGGGGAAACAACCUGUUUUCCAAGUUGCUACCAUUGAUGACAAUUUGAAGUUUUUAGCUGGGGCCCCUAAAGAGAGUGUUUAUAUGGGAAAUAAUAGGAGUGAAUCACAAGGGAAAUUGAACCAUCUAUCAGAGUACAUUCAACAACAAGAACAAAAUUAUAUGCAGAAAAUGAUAGAUAAUAAAGCGACUAGUGAAACAAGCAAACUGAUUUUACCAUCUCCAGACUUUAAUGAUACUCGAAGCGAAUUACUAACCGAGUCUGUAACAACUCAUGUUAAGACAAUAGACGAGCCUCUGUCCAGACAGCCCCCAGCACCUCCUCCGCACUUAGAUAACAGUUUCAAUAAUAUUAAUAUGGGCAGCCGCAAUGUUUCAUUGGCACAACAACGUGAUUUGCAACAUCAAGUACAUUCGCACUCACAAAAUGAAGUGAGACAGUAUGAAAUUGCUGAAUUAUGGAAUAGUUAUUUGAAGCAGGUACUUUUCAAAAGAAUCCUAUUACGUCAAGAAAUAAAUAUGUUUCAGAAUUUUAUGGCUACUUUGGCCACCUCUAACAACCAACCAAACACGAGACACAAUAUUGCUGAGUCAACUGUUGGGACAUCGUCAUAUAAUGAGUCUUCCAUACUGGCACCUCUUAAAUCUAUGAGAGGUGAAAAAUCAGUUGUUUCUUCAUAUUGCAGCCAUAGUAGCAGAUGUCAAUCUAAUUAUUCGUCGUCUGAUAAACAGGAUACUGCGUCAGUAUACACUACUGGGUCCAGUGAGUCUAAUUUGGAGACAAAAGAAUACAAUUAUGAGGACGAAGAAUUCAACAAAAAGGUUUUGAAUAGAAGAUCAAUGUUGGGCGAGAUGUUAGAAUAUCUGUCAGAAGAGGAUGAUGAGAAUGUUGAAGAUGACGAAUCAGUUGCCUCACUACAGAAAACGUAUUCUAUUGUUAGUAGUGGGAAACACUCAGAUGUGUUGCUGAAAACAUAUGGUACUGUAAUUAGAAGAAGUAAUUCAAAACCCAGUUCACCUUUGAAAAGAUCAUUUGGUUUGAAUCACAGUCUAAGUUCUAUAGUUAGUUAA